AUGGAUAUCAUCAAGAUGAUACCCCACCACAACCCUACACCGCCCACAGCGCACCAGCCACCGCUUCUCAAACCCAUCCGCCCGCCGCACCACAAGCGGCUGCCGAUCCCGCGCCGUGGUCGAGAGCAAGAUGGUAUACUCCUGGUCCUCGCGGCUCCGCUUGGGCACCCGCUCGUUUCUCCUUUUUCGCGACUUUGA